UAAGAUGUAAUAAUUAGUAGUAUUGUAACAUAUAAAUCAACACUUUAAGUUAGUAGUAUUGUAACAUGUAAUAAGUUUUUUCUUUGAAAAGCUAUGGUUGGAAAAGGCUCCCCAAGGUUCAACAUGAGAAGUUCCCCAAAGUUGCGUAGGUAUAUUCCUACAACAUGUGCUACUAAAAAUGAGCCUUCUCCUAAAUGCAGUGGGGCAAAAAGAGUGGAGGUUCUCCAAGAGGUAUUGUGUUCAAUGUUUCUUCAUGCUUUCUUGUAAGUUUUGUAUUACUAAUGCGUGACCAUUCUUUAUGUAGUAGUGAAACAAAGAGCAGAUUGGAAUCCAUGACUUGAGAGAUCUCUUGUUGAUAUUCUCCAUGAAUUUAAAGAUAGUGGGUAUAGAGGUGACAAUGGUUGGAACUCUGAAGGGUGGAAUAGGAUGGUUAAGGAGUUUCAUGUGAGGAACAAGUAUGUCUCCUUUACAAAGGCUCAGAUUCAGGUUAAAGAAGGUCAGUUGAAGAGAGACUACAAGAUGCUCAAAGCAGCAAAGCAACAGAGCGGGUCAACCUGGAAUGAAAAAAGGAAUAUGGUUGAAGGACCACCAACUUUGUGGGAGAAUCUCAUGGUGGUAAGUUGAUUUCUUGAAAUUCAGUUAUCAAAUUAGUUAUGUGGGAGAAUCUCAUAUUUGAUUAACGUUUUCUUUAAUUAUGCAAACAUUUCCUAAAAUCAAGAAGUUGAACAACAACAAGGCAACCUUCCUGCUCUUUGAUGCUUUGGGAGAGCUUUAUGAUGGUAAGUUUCCAAACAUGCAUGAUUCUAGUAGCUUUAUGUUGGUGCUAUAGCUGUAGCUUUGUUUAGUAGGUGUUGUUGAUGGAUUUCCUUAUAUUAGUUAACUAUCAGUCAGUUCAUAUUUCCUUGUUAUUGUGUAGGACACUUGGCUGAAGGGACUUGGAGUUGCACUUCUCUCGAGGCACUGCAAGAGGAAGAACCGAAUGAGCAACUCCAGGAUGCAGAAAAUGGGCCACAAGGCUUUGAUCUGAAUGUUGUUCAUGAUGUAGAUGAUGAAGUUGAUGAUGCACUCACUAAAAGGAAUGAAGAUGUGCUUCAAGGAAGGGCUAAUAUUUUGUCACGAGAUGAAGAAAGUGGACAACGAAGACCUGUUGCAUCAAGAAACAAACAAGAAAAGGAACCAAAGAAGCCUAGACAGAGUGACAACAUAGAAAAUAUGAUGAACAAAUACCUAGAAAUGAGGAGCAAGCAAGUAGAAGAUGAAGCUGCAAGAGAAAAGGAAACAAGAGAAAAGGAGGCAAGAGAAAAGGAGACAGCUCAAAGUGAUGAUUUCUCCAUCAAAAGGUGCAUAUCAGUUCUGAACACAAUAGAAGAAGUGACCAAACUGGAGAAGGCAAAAGCAUAUUCAGUCUUCACCAAGGGCAAAGAGAACAUAGAGACUUUCAUAUGUGCGUAUGAAGCAGAUCAAGAAUCAGCUUUGAUUUGGCUAAGAAAUGAGAUAGCUUAGUGGGUAUAAUAUUUUGGUCUCCUAUACAGUUGUUGUCCUAUGCUGGUGUUGUCCUAUACAGUUGCUAUGCUGUCCUAUGCUGUGAAGUCCUAUGCAGUCCUAUACAGUUGCUGUCCUAUGCGCUCUAUAUUAGUUAAAACAUAUAUCAGUUGUUGUCCUAUGCAAUUGAACUGAAGAUUUGAACUGAACAUGGUUUGAACUGGACAUGGUCAAAAUCCACCAUUUGAUCCUUUUAUUAUGCUGUGAAGUGAUUUUAUUAUGGUCAAAAUGUGUACCAUUUGAUCCUUUUUAAAAUUAGUUUGUUACACUGCCAUGCUUUUGCAUUCUUUGAAAUUCUAACUAAUUCUCUUUCACUUCAACUACUAUGUUAGAAUUCUAACUUGAACCAGUGGCUCUUUAUGAACUUAAUGUCUGAAUUAUUGUUCUUGUGUAUAGUAUAUGAAUAUGUGAUAGCGUACUACAAUGUCUUAGCUUUCUUCCAUCAAGUAAACAAAUAUAUAAGAUAUUCCUCCAAACAGUGAGUUCAUUUGUUUUGAUGUGUCGAGGAGUCUCUCAUUUGACCUAAAUGGUUUCACUUGAUGUAGAUAUACCUCUUGAUAAAGAGGCCUUGGACUGGAACACCAGGAUGAAAAUUGCAGCAGGUGCUGCCAAAGGACUGGAUUACCUACACGACAAAGCUAAUUCACCAGUUAUUUAUAGGGAUUUCAAGUCGUCGAACAUUCUGUUGGAUGGAAGUUUCUCAGGCUGCCGAACCGAGAGAGAAACUGGACAGGUUUCAGCUGAAAUAAUUCUCUGAUAGAAACUGGACUGAUCAAGUGAAAGACCUGGAUCAACUAAAACCUGGCUGUUACUGUUCCUGGCCUGGAACUGAAACCGGGCUGCCGAAAAUAGUAGAGAUUUCCUAGUUUUGACAAAUUUCUCGCUUUUGGAAAGGAAAAAAUCAAGACGAGGCCGCACGGAGCCCACGGAAAAAGGCAAGGCGACCGCCACUCGCCAUCGUCAGUUCGUCACCCACCCACUCACCCAUCCCGAUCCAACACGGCCACGCCGCGCGGCUGCGGAGCAGCGGAGACGGGCGCCCGCACCAACCACGGCACGGGCUCCGCAACGAUGCGGCGCCGUACUCCCGUUGGCUCGUGCCGUUUCAUCGCGCUACCUUCCUUCCUUCACGGAGCGACUGCGACCAAUCCCGCAAAACCACCCACGCGGCCGCCGCGGUGGGCGAUGCCCUCCGCAGCCGGUCAUUUCACCGCGGAGGCGCGGCCCACGCCCGCGGCCCACCACCGCACCGCCUCCUCCUUUUAUGACCGGUUCCCCACCUCCGCCUCCGUUCCGCAUCUCCACCACCAUCACCAAACCCUAAUCGCCUCCCUUCGCCACCGCCGCCGCCGCAGCUGACCGGCCAUGUCUUCCUCGUGUUCCGACGCGUCCAGGGACGAUGCCGUCUCAUCUCCCGACCUCCCCCCUCUGGCUGCACCCGUCGCCGCGGCGGCUGCUGCGGCCGCGGCAGCGGCCUCCUCGGGGGGCGGCAUAGGACUCGGGGGCGUGGGCUCCGGCCGGAGGCUGCCGCCGCCGUGCUGGACACACGAGGAGACUCUCGCGCUCAUCGAGGCGUACCGCGACAGGUGGGAGGCGCUGCAGAAGGGCAACCUGAGGGCCGCGGACUGGGACGACGUGGCCAACGCCGUCACCGCGCGCUGCGGGCGGUUCCCCACCGCCACGCCCAAGUCCGGCGUGCAGUGCCGCCACAAGGUCGAGAAGCUUCGGAAGCGAUACCGCGCUGAGCGGUCACGCUCUGCGGGGCGGUCUAAGGGGCCCAAAUGGCCGUUCUUCCCGCUGCUCCACGACCUCGCUGGUGGCGGCGUGCCGGACCCGAGUCCGAACGCCAUCGUCAAGAUCAAGACCAAGGGCCCCGCCCCGCCGGCGUCCUCGCCUUCCCCGGUGUCCUCGCCUUCCUCCGAGGUGGAGGCUGUGCGGAGCAGGAGCCUGCACGGGCUCAUCUCCAACGGCGGUGCCGGGAGCGGGCUGCGCUUCACCAUCCCCAAGGCCUCGCGCACGAAGCCCGUCGCGGCGGCAGCUGUGAAGUCAGAGAGGAGCGGCAGCGAGGACGACGCCGAGUCAGAGGCAAUGGCGGAGGUGGCUGCCGCACUCCGGGCUGUCGGGGAGGGGUUCCUGCGUAUGGAGGAGCGCAGGCUGGAGCUAUCGCUGCAGAUGGAGAAGGAACGUAUGGAAUCGGAGAUGAAACGCACCCAGACGAUGCUGGACGCCCAGCAGCUCUUCCUCGAGGCCUUCCUCGGUAAGCAACUGCAGCACAAGAAGGCCCAUGUCUCCCCUUCCUCUGCCGCAAUGGAAGAGGACUGAUCGAUCGAUGUAUCCCGGCUGCUCUCUGUCAAACUUGUGUUCAUAUGCUUGCUUGAUCUUUGUUAACUGUUGUUCAUGCUGGUAGUUGUGGACUUCGAUGCUAGUAGAAUUAAUCUUAUUGUGUAUGGAUGGUGAAUUUAACCGAACAAAGGGGUUUGGGGGCAAAGGAUGUUGCUGUAGGGAUAUAGAUAAGGUUGGAAGGAUGAUGUUUGAAGUAGAAAUUAGGAAGUCUCGGUUGUAAUUAGUGAACUACAUGUGUUUGGUUUCGAGGAGGAGAGCAGGAGUUUCUGGCAGCUGUGGCGUGAGGGAUGUGCCGGAAUUUGGUUGGUGGGUUUUUUAAAGUUUAAACUGGUGGAUUAUAUAGUGGUAUAGAUGAACUUGUGAUGGUGACCUGCUGCUGUUAUGUUGAAACACUGCAACUUGUUCCAAUGGCAUAUCCUCGUUGCCAAUUU